ACUUUCUUCAACCAAUCUUCAACUUCUUCCUCUGCCACUGCUGAAGCUCGACAUCAUCAUGGCAGAGAUCAAGAUUGACAGCCAGCUGUUCCAGGAGCGACUCGGCCACUUCGUCUCAUCAUGGAAGGCCGACAAGCGUUCUGGCGACAUUGUAUUCGGCGGUGCUUCGAGUGUACUCAUCCUCAUGGGCAAGACUGAGGAGAGCGCACAGUUUCAGAAAAACAACGCCAUUCAUUUCUGGCUUUUGGGAUAUGAGUUCCCAGCAACUCUGUUCCUUUUCACUCUUGAUACCCUCUACGUUGUUACCACGGCAAAGAAAGCCAAACAUUUGGAGCCUUUGAAAGGCGGCAAGAUCCCCCUGGAGGUCCUCGUGCGAGGCAAGGAUGCCGACCAAAACGAGAAGCUUUUCCAGAAGAUCACAGAUGUGAUCAAAUCUGCUGGUAAAAAAGUCGGCGUUCUUUCCAAGGACACCUCCAACGGACCCUUUAUCGAUGAAUGGAAAAGGGUCUACGGUGAUAUUUCGAAGGAUGUGGAGGAGGUGGAUGUGGCGCCUGCAAUUUCCGCAGCUGCCCUUGCAGUCAAAGACGAGAACGAGCUACGCGCCAUGAGAAACGCUUCCAAAGCAUGCAUUGCUUUGAUGAACCCAUACUUUGUCGAAGAGAUGUCGAAUAUCCUGGACGAAGACAAGAAGGUGAAGCACAGCACCUUGGCGACGAAGAUUGAUAACAAGAUUGACGAUACGAAGUUCUGGACCACCGUCCAAUUGCCCAACAACCAGAAGAUGCCAACGGACUUCGAGCCAGGACAACUUGAUUGGACACAUGGGCCGAUCAUCCAGAGCGGCGGGAAAUUCGACCUGAAAAUGUCAGCGCAGACCGAUGACGAGAAUCUACACGCCGGCGUCAUUCUUGCCACUGUGGGGCUUCGAUACAAGACAUACUGCUCCAUGAUUGCACGUACCUACCUUGUGGACCCAAAUAAGUCCCAGGAGAGCAACUACAAGUUGCUCCUUGCCGUUCAUGCAUUGGUUCUCAAGGAAACUCGCGAUGGCGCAGUGGUCAAGGAGAUUUAUAGCAAGGCAAUGUCGUUAGUCAGGGCGAAGAAACCGGAGCUGGAGAAGAACUUCCUCAGGAACGUGGGUGCAGGUAUUGGUAUCGAGACGAAGGACUCGACGUUGCUUCUUAACGGGAAGAGCACCCGGACGCUGAAAGAUGGUAUGACACUCUGCGUGACCACUGGCUUCAACGACAUCGAAAACCCCUCUCCGCAGGACAAGAAGAGCAAGGUUUACUCUUUAGUUCUCUCGGACACCGUCCGCGUGGCAGCGUCGGACGCAGUCGUUUUCACUGGCGAUGCUCCGUCAGAUCUAGACGCCACUUCAUUCUUCUUCAAAGACGACGAGGAAGCAGAGCCGGCACCAAAACCCAAGGAGAAGAAAGACUCCAAGGUUGGCGCUGUGGCAACCACAAACAUUGUCAAGAGCAAACUUCGCGCAGAGCGAACAACACAGGCAGAUGAGGGCGCCGAGGCUCGAAGACGUGAGCAUCAAAAAGAGCUGGCGCAAAAGAAGCAAGAAGAAGGCCUUGCGAGAUAUGCCGAGGCGACUGACAGCAAGAACGGCGUUGCUGUGAAGAAGUUCAAGCGCUUUGAAUCAUACAAGCGCGACAACCAGUUCCCGCCAAAGGUUCGCGACCUCGCAAUAGUCAUGGAUCAGAAGAACUCAACCGUCGUUCUCCCCAUUAUGGGAAGACCUGUGCCCUUCCACAUCCAGACGAUCAAGAACGCUAGCAAAAGUGACGAGGGAGACUUCUCAUACCUCCGAGUGAACUUCCUUUCGCCUGGCCAAGGUGUUGGUAGGAAGGAUGAUCAACCGUUUGAGGAUGCCUCAGCGCAUUUUGUUCGCAGUCUCACGUUUCGCUCGCACGAUGGAGAUCGCCUACAAGAUAUUGCCAAUCAAAUUGGCAACAUGAAGCGAGACGCAGCAAAGCGUGAACAGGAGAAGAAAGAGAUGGAGGAUGUAGUGGAGCAGGAUAAACUCGUUGAGAUCAGGAAUCGCCGACCAAAUGUCAUGGACAACGUGUUCAUCCGUCCAGUAAUGGACGGAAAGCGCGUGCCAGGAAAGGUUGAGAUCCAUCAAAACGGUCUCCGUUACCAGUCGCCACUCAACCCUGCCCAUCGUGUGGAUAUCCUUUUUAGCAACGUCAAGCAUCUCUUUUUCCAGCCUUGCCAGCAUGAACUAAUCGUGAUCAUUCAUGUUCAUCUCAAGGACCCCAUUCUCAUUGGGAAGAAGAAGACCAAGGAUGUUCAAUUCUACCGUGAAGCUACAGAUAUUCAAUUCGAUGAGACUGGAAACAGAAAGCGCAAGUACAGGUAUGGCGAUGAGGAGGAAUUUGAGGCUGAGCAAGAGGAACGCCGCCGCCGUGCUGAGCUUGAUCGCCAGUUCCAGCUUUUCGCUCAGAAGAUCGCCGAUGCCGGGAAGAGUGAGAAUGUCGACGUUGAUAUCCCCUUCCGUGAGCUUGGAUUCAACGGUGUGCCAUACAGGUCCAACGUUUUCUGCCAGCCGUCUACCGACUGUUUGGUGCAGCUCACUGAGCCACCCUUCAUGGUCAUUACUCUGGAUGAUAUCGAGAUUGCGCAUCUCGAACGUGUCCAAUUCGGCCUAAAGAACUUCGACAUGGUGUUUGUGUUCAAGGAUUUCCACCGGGCUCCAGCACACAUCAACACAAUCCCAGUCGAGUCACUCGAAAACGUCAAAGAGUGGCUCGAUUCAGUCAACAUCCCCUUCAGCGAUGGCCCUCUCAACCUGAACUGGCCUACGAUCAUGAAGACCGUGACGGCAGACCCCCAUGCCUUCUUUGCGGACGGCGGAUGGUCCUUCCUCGCUACUGAAUCGGACCAAGAAGAUGCGGAUGACGAAUCUGAAGAGUCUGCGUUUGAGAUGUCUGACUCAGAACUUGCGGCCAGCGAGGAGAGCUCGGAGGACGACAGCGACUUUGAUGAAGAGGCUAGUGCAGAGGCGUCUGAAGAUGGCAGCGAAGCAAGUGAUGAGGAAGAGGGCGAUGACUGGGACGAGCUGGAAGCGAAGGCCAAGAGGAAGGAUAGAGAAGGCGGGCACAGCGAGGAUGAUGCGCCAAAGAAGAAGAGGAAGCAUUGAGCACGGGCGAUGGACCAAAGAGACUCUGUUUACUCUUGACUCCAAAUUGGCGGAUAUCUAUCUGGACUACGGGGUGAUCGGCGGAGAAAGGCGUUUGACACACAUAGCGGCGCAUGCAAUUUGUAAGAUAGAAUAAUAACGGGCGAAAAUCGAUCAGCUACUACGUG